UACGACAGAGAUUGCACAGUUAAGAGUUUAUUCUUUGUUCCACAGUUCAGUAGAGAAUAGGUCAUCUUUUCAGCUGAAUCUUAAGAAUUAAUCUGGAAAGAGUUUUUAUACAUAAAUGGAAUUUCAGUAUUUCCAUGGAAAUAUAAGUAAAGAAAAGUGUGAAGAACUACUGAGCAAAAUGGGAGUAAAUGGAAGUUUUUUAGUACGAAACAGUGAGAGCAUACCUGGAGCCUUGUGCCUUUGUGUUUUUUAUGAACACCUUAUCUACACUUACCGAAUCUUCAGAAAAAGUAAUGGACAUUUUAUGAUGCAGACAUCUGAAGGUACUCCGACGCAUGUCUUCAGAACAUUAAAGGAUUUAAUUGACAACUACAAAAAGCCAAAUCAAGGGCUAGUAGUAAAUCUGUGCUAUCCUUUAUAUCGUUCUCCUUGCCAUCAAACAACUCAGACUGUGUAUGUCACUAAAGAUGAAGCAUAUGUGACUCCUGAUGCUGGAGACAGUGAUUACCUUGACGUCUUACCUGACUAAUCUCCGUUUACUCCAUUUCAGCAGGGCCGUUCUAUGGCUCACACCCACACAAAUCAAAUCUUCUAUUCACUUCACUGGAUUCUGCGUUCAUUUGUAGUCUGGAUAAUUCUGUAACACAUUUAAUACCAACUUUUGAUCGAUUUCUUGUCUCUGUGUAAAAAGCACACUUUGUAAAAUACACACGUACUUGUGAAAUCUUCUUUCCAUGUAUGGGGUAUGUAUAUCUGUCAGUGCAAAUGGUCAUUUUAUGCACCUAAUGAAGCGUUCACUGGUCCUGAAAAGCUUAUGCCACAAAAAUGUGACAGCCUUUUCCAUAUUGCAAUACCUCAUUAUAUUUUCAUUUUAACAGUUUUCAUUUAUGAGCACCAUUCAACUUACUAUAUUUGGUAGUCAUAAUUACAAGUGUCUUGGAUGUUUAUAAAAUUCUGAAUUGUUUAUUUUAUCAAUUUAUCAUUGUUAUAAGUAACACAAACACACAAAUUUAUUUAAAUCUCACUCCAUAUCUGGAGUAUGCAUUUUAAUGUAACACACGGUAACAAACAUAAGGAAACUGAGAAU